AUGAAAUAUGAAUCAGUGUCACUAAGCUCUCCUGCUGUAGUAAAUUUUGUUGAUAUCCGCACUAACAAUAAUCACGAAUCAGAUUUUGAAUCCUCGGAAAGUGAAGGAAGCCGAACUUUUUUUGGAUCGGGAGACUCUGAGUGCUUGCCAAAAAUAAAGCAGAUUUUCCGAAAACGUUUAUCUGAGAAAGUUUUGGAGGACAUCAAGCAAACGGGUCGAAUUCUGAUAUCAUCGCCUCCGUUUCAGGAAAGACGGCCUUGCUAUGGAGAGGGUCUUAAAGUUGUUGGCAUCUCCUUUGCUGGAUAUGUUGCACAUCAAAAUAUAGUGGCAAUGGAAUGUGCUGACAUAAUCGUAGAUUCUAAUAGUUUAUUGAUCAUCGACGAUUAUCACAUAGAGUCCGGUUUUCAAAGCAGUAACUUGGUUAACGUCUACGUAUGGUGUUCGGGCAAGUUGAUUGGGCAACACAGCCGCAUGUUGCUUCACCAACCAUCAAGGAUAUUGUUUUUAAUAUAUGAAUAUACGGAGUUUGCUGCUGAGUUUAGGAAGUAUUCAAAAGACGAUCAUAAGAAUUUGGUAUUGUCACAGACUUUACGGAUGCAAUAUGGAGAGCGAUGCAGGGCUACACAGGUUCAUGUCGUUAGCGUUGUGCAAGGACUUACGAAGACUCCUAAAGAUUGGGUAGGAGACAUUGAAUCGGAGGCGUUACAGUUUAUUUCGGACGAGCAGCUUACGAAGCAAUUGCAAAAUUCUCGAGCUUUUGCAAGUAUAUUGAAAGAGCUCACAGGACUGAGUGAGUGA